AUAAUCUAUCAUGGCUACUACUGAGAAUGCAGAGACAGGCUUACCAGAAAACAAAGGAGACCAUCAUCGGAGUGCUUACCCGGACACAAAGUAUCCAAUGAAAGUCCAGUACUGUGGAGGUAAGUACUAGGUAGUCGUAGUAGGAGGUAGUAGCCGGGCUGCGUCCGGAAUGGCACCCCAUUCUAGUGCUCUAUAGAUGAUCAUGGCCAAUUCCUAAAACAUUGUUUUGUAAUGUCACAUUAUUGUCAAGGUUUAACACUUCUCCAUGUAAUUGUUUUUGUAGUGUGUUCCUUGCCAACAGAGUAUUGUGAGUACAUGCCUGAGCCGGCAAAAUGCAGGCAGUGGCUGGAGAAGAACUUCCCAGAUGUGUUUGCCAGAAUGAGUGUAGGUGAGUUCCAUCAGACAGUCUCUCACUCCCUCCCUUAUUUUUCCUAUCAGGAAGAUGGGUGCUGUCGUAUUUAAAUAUAUAUAUAUUUUUUUAUUCUGCCUUAUUGGUCCCGUAGGAAAUGCACCCAAGCAGGACACCGGCUGUGAAGAGGCGCCCCCUGUUGGAGAGGAGGAGGAGAGGAAGAAGCAGAAGCGAGGUCUGAGUUCAACUCUAAAGUUUUAGUUUUGAAUUCUUAAAUGCAUCCUUCCUCCUCAUAUCCUAACCCAGUGUUUCCCGGCACAAUCUUCAGGGACCCUCUAACCGGUCUCCAUACUUGUUCUAUUCCAGACUAUUGUUCUAUUCAUCAAGCUCUUUAUUGGCAGUAGCGGUGCGUGGGUAAAAUCACUGGGGUAGCCAAGCCAGGAAAAAUACAUAUUACAACCUAGGUGUAGUGAUUAUUGCGUUGUUUGCUCUAUAACCCGUUAGGCAAAGACAAGUCACACAGUGGCUGAACAAAUUCAACCGUACUUUUGUUUCAUAACAAAACCGGAGAGUAGCAACUGUCCGGUGAAGUCCACAACGCAAAUAUUGCAUGUAACAAAUAGUUACAUGACCUACAGCAGGGAUGGGCAGUUGGCAACCCACAGCCCCCCUUUUGUAGGAACUCCGUCGGGGUCUCAGCUUACUGUUUAGAGUUAGAAUAGUAGAAUAGACAAGGUGCAAUUUUGAAAUGUGGUUCUGCAGCAGCGGUUUUUCUCUUAUGUCAGUCACUGACAGUCACUCAAAUCAAAUUUUAUUAGUCACAUAUACGUGUUUAGCAGAUGUUAUUGCGGGUGUUGCGAAAUGCUUGUAUUUCAAGCUCCAACAGUGCAGUAAUAGCUAACAAGUAAUAUCUAAAAAUUUCACAACAUAUACACACAAAUCUAAGUAAAGUAAUGGAAUUAAGAAUAUAUAAAUAAAUACAUGGACGAGCAAUGUCAGUGGCAUUUUUUAUUUGUUUUCUUUAUAUAUUUUUUGAGAAUUGUAUUUUAUAUAUUUUUAACCUUUAUUUAACUAGGCAAGUCAGUUAAGAACAAAUUCUUAUUGACAAUGACGGCCUACACCGGCCAAACCCGGACGACGCUGGGCCAAUUGUGCGCCGCCCUAUGGGACUCCCAAUCACGGCCGGUUGUGAUACAGCCUGGAAUCGAACCAGGGGGUCUGUAGUGACGCCUCAAGCACUGAGAUGCAGUGCCUUAGACCGCUGCUCCACUCGGGAGCCCAUAGACUAAGAUACUGUAGAAUAGUAUAGAAUACAGUAUAUACAUAUGAGAUGAGUAAUGUAAGAUAUGUAAACAUUAUUCAAGUGACUAGUGUUCCAUUUAUUAAAGUGGCCAGUGAUUUCUAAUCUAUGUAUAUAGGCAGCAGCCUCUAAUGUGCUAGUGAAGGCUAUUUAACAGUCUGAUGGCCUUGAGAUAGAAGCUGUUUUUCAGUCUCCCUGCGGUUGCGGGCGGUGCAGUUGCCGUACCAGGUGGUGAUACAGCCCGACAGGAUGCUCUCAAUUGUGCAUCUGUAAAGGUUUGAGGGUUUUAGGUGCCAAACCAAAUUUCUUCAGCCCCCUGAGGUUGAAGAGGCGCUAUUGCACCUUCUUCCCCAUACUGUCAGUGUGGGUGGACCAUUUUCAGUUUGUCAGUGAUGUUUACGCCGAGGAACUUGAAGCUUUCCACCUUCACUGUGGUCUCGUCGAUGUGGAUAGGGGGGUGUUCCCUCUGCUGUUUCCUGAAGUCAAUGAUCAUCUCCUUUUGUUUUGUUGAUGUUGGAUAAGAGGUUAUUUUCCUGGCACCACACUCCCAGAGCCCUCACCUCCCUGUAGGCUGUCUCGUCGUUGUUGGUAAUCAAGCCUACUACUGUUUUGUUUGCAAACUUGAUGAUUGAGUUGGAGGCGUGCUUGGCCACGCAGUCAUGGGUGAACAGGGAGUACAGGAGGGGGCUAAGGACACACCCUUGUGGGGCCCCAGUGUUGAGGAUCAGCGUAGUGGAGAUGUUGUUUCCUACCUUCACCACCUGGGGGCGGCCCGUCAGGAAGUCCAGGAUCCAGUUGCACAGGGCUGGGUUCAGACCCAGGGCCUCAAGCUUAAUGAUGAGCUUGGAGGGUACUAUGGUGUUGAAUGCUGAGCUAUAGUCAAUGAACAGCAUUCUUACAUAGGUAUUCCACUUGUCCAGAUGGGAUAGGGCAGUGUGAUGGCGAUUGCAUCGUCUGUGGAUCUAUUGGGGCGGUAAGCAAAUUGAAGUUGGUCUAGGGUGGCAGGUAAGGUAGAGGUGAUAUGAUCCUUGACUAGUCUCUCAAAGCACUUCAUGAUGACUGAAGUGAGUGCUACGGGGUGAUAGUCAUUUAGUUCAGUUACCUUUGCUUUCUUGGGUACAGGGACAAUGGUGGCCAUCUUGAAGCAUGUGGAGACAGCAAACUGGGAUAGGGAGAGAUUGAAUAUGUCCGUAAACACACCAGCCAGCUGGUCUGCGCAUGCUCUGAGGACGCGGCUAGGGAUGCCAUCUUGAUCGGCAGCCUUGCGAGGGUUAACACGCUUAAAUAUCUUUCUCACGUUGGCCACGGAGAAGGAAAGCCCACAGUCCUUGGUAGCGAAGCGGGCGAAGAAGGUGUUUAGCUUGUCCGGAAGGAAGACGUCGGUGUCCACGACGUGGCUGGUUUUCCUUUUGUAGUCUGUGAUUGUCUGUAGACCCUGACACAUACGUCUCAUGUCUGAGCCGUUGAAUUGCGACUCCACUUUGUCCCUAUACUGACGUUUUCACUGUUUGAUUGCCUUGCGGAGGGAAUAACUACACUGUUUGUAUUCUGCCAUAUUCCCAGUCUCCUUGCCAUGGUUAAAUGCGGUGGUUCGCGCUUUCAGUUUUGCACGAAUGCUGCCAUCUAUCCAUGGUUUCUGGUUAGGUUUUAAUAGUCAUAGUGGGUACAACAUCUCCUAUACACUUCCUGAUAAACUCAGUCACCGUAUCAGUAUAUACGUCAAUAUUAUUCUCUGAAGCUACCUGGAACAUAUCCCAGUCCGCGUGAUCAAAACAAUCUUGAAGCGUGGAUUCCCAUUGGUCAGACCAGCGUUGAAUAGUCCUUAGCACGGGUACUUCCUGUUUGAGUUUCUGCCUAUAGGAAGGGAGGAGCAAAAUGGAGUCGUGGUCAGAUUUGCUGAAAGGAGGGCGGGGGAGGGCCUUGUAUGCAUCCUGGAAGUUGGAGUAGCAGUGGUCGAGUGUUUUAGCAGCGCGAGUACUACAGUCGAUGUGUUGAUAGAACUUCGGCAACAUUUUCCUCAAAUUUGCUUUGUUAAAAUCCCCAGCUACAAUAAAUGUGGUUUCCAGUUUGCAUAAAGUCCAGUGAAGUUCUUUGAGGGCCGUCGUGGUAUCAGCUUGAGGGGGGAUAUACACGGCCUUGACUAUAACCGAAGAAAAUUAUAUUGGGAGAUAAUACUGUCUGCAUUUGAUUGUGAAGUAUUCUAGGUCGGCUGAACAAAAGGACUUGAGUUCCUGUAUGUUUUCACAAUUACACCAUGAGUCGUUAAUCAUAAAACAUACACCAUAUUUAUUCCUGUCUGCGCGAUGAACUGAGAACCCAACUGGCUGGACCGACUCGGACAGUAUAUGCCGAGAGAGCCAUGUGUCCGUGAAAGAGUAUGUUUCAAUCCCUGAUGUCUCUCUGGAAAGAAACCCUCGCCCUGAGCUCGUCAACUUUAUUAUUAUUAUUAAUAACGUAAGAAAUAAUACAUAAAAAAACAAAAUACUGCAAAGUUUCCUAAGAGCUAGAAGCAAGGCAGCCCUCUCUGUCGGUGCCAUUUUUGUAGGCUCAAUUAGCCACUCAAUGUCAGCUAACAUUUUUAUUUAUUGGUAAGUUAGUCUAGCGGCCAGCUAUCUAAACUUGUAGUAGUCAUGGUCGAAUUACCGACCGGGGGGGCCCCAUUGAUUUAGUUAGUCAUUCUCACUCAGAUAUCAUAUUAAAAACUGCAAACAUUUCUCUCCACCCUAUGGCAAAAUGUGUAGAAUUGUAGGAAAUUAGCUGUAAAACUGCAAAUUUUUCCCCUUUGCCCCAUGGCAAAAUGAGUCGAAUCUCAUAAAAUGAGUUAUAAAAUUGCUAAAUCUUCUCUCCGCCCCAUGGCAAAAUGUGUAGAAUUGCAGUAAACUUGCUUUUAAAACUGCAACAUUUUCUCUCUGCCCCAUGGCAAAAUGUCUAGAAUUGCAGGAAAUUAACUCUAAAACUUAGGGCCCCCAAAAGGCUAGGGCUGACCAGCGAGCCACUGCGGUCCCUCAUGAUGAGUUCUGAUUUUUUGGGCCCCCACCUCCAUCAAAGCUGCCCAUCCCUGACAUACAGAAUGGUCAAUCAAGUUAAUGUUUCCUACAUUUUUGAACUACUAAACAAUUAUUGGUUUAGAAAAAUUGAGAGUUACCGGAAGUCGCAAAGGAAAUAGGAGCUGCCUCUGCUAUUCCAGCACCAUUUCAACCUCAACAUCAUCAAAUCAACUAUAGCUUAUGCUUAGUCUAAUGACUUUAAAGAAAACAAAAACAAUUUAGUCCAAUCAAUGUAAGCUAAAUAUCAUGUGGCUAUCCAUGGUACUGAUUUGUGUGUGCGUGCACGUCAAAAACUUGUUGACUCGCUAAUGCCAUCCUACCCUCUUUCAUGUUUCCAAAAGGGUCUGACUCUAUCAUACAGUACACACUUUUAGUUUUUGUUGUCCUAGACUAGGCUACCUGGGUGAAAUGUUUGCCAGCCAACUUCCUCGCAUGUUCAACGAUGAGCCAGCUAGUUAACGUUAGCCUACUACAUCUAGCUACAUAUUGAACUUCCAUCCACUCAGGCCUGGGGCACAAUGUAUCUUAAAUGGUUUGAUCAGAAUCGCUGUUAUAAUAAAAUAAAAUAAAACCAGAAGUCCAAAUCCCCAUCUCCAUCCACGGCUAAUUUAGGAAAGGGCCGAUAUUCUAGCUAGCUAGCCACUGGAGGAUAACGACACAACACAGUUUUUCUGUCAAUGACAUUUUGCUUUUAUAUGAUUUGAUUGGUGUGAAGCUUGGCCUCCCUUAACUUUUUUUGGGUGUGCCAGGACCUGGUUUAGCUAAACCCUGAUUGGCUAUUAUUUUUUGUAGGGUCCCCUUGCUAUACGGUAUGAAAGUCCCGCCUACUUCCUGGAUCAUGUCCUACAGUGUUUUAGAUUGGCCUUCAAGAUUAUAUAAUCAAAUUCAUGAAAACACGGUCAUAUGUAAUAUGUACAUUUCUAUUUGUAUUUGUGGAUUAAUUUAAUUCUACCCUAUGAAGGUUUUCGAAAAAAUGUAAUGCUAUGGAAAACCUUCAUGAAAGGCAUCAAUUAGAAGUAAAUUAAUCCAUGAAUAUAAUUUUACAUAUGACAUAUGGCCGUGUUUUCAUGAAUUUCAUUAUAUAAUCUUGAAGGCCAUUCAAAAACAGCCUUGGACAUGAUUCAGAAAGUAGGCAGGACUUUCAUACCAGUGUAUUGAAUUCAAUAGACGGGUUGGUUGUUUAGCAACAAAACCAACACUAUGGGGCAAAACAGACUGGGUUUGCUUAGAUUGUUGACAACAUGUAAACUAUAUGUAGUCUCCAAUAUUUAUUGAAUACAUAACAUUGCACAAUGAGCGCUUGUUGUCUGUCAAAUACGUUGUUACGGUUGUUGGUUAGCUAGCUAGCGAAUUUUAGCCAUAUUAACAUUGACGUGACAUCAGUCAACACCUCAAGAUUUGGUAUCAAGAACAAGAGAGAACUAGCUGAAAUGAGCCACUUACGAUUCCCCAUAUGGCAGUUUCCUGUCAUUGUUGCUAGCUUUCUGGCCAUCCAGAAUCACAACAACACAUGUACUUCUGCCCCAUUGAAGCUUGCACAUCGUUUUCGUGAUGUUCUUCGCUAACUUUGCUAAGAGUUGAGGAAAGACUGACUGCAUCACUUCUUAUUUUUAUGAGAAACAAUGUGUUGUAAAUUCAAAAUUGUUUGCAUAGUCAACUUACACACAGCACUUAAACACACACACUUACCCCACCAGAUAUGCCACCAGGGGUCUUUUCACAAUCCCCUGUUCCAGAACAAAUUCAAGGUAACGUACAGUAUUAUACAGAGCCAUGAAUGCAUGCAACUCCCUUCCAUCUCAUAUAGCGCAAGUGAACAGCAAACCUGGUUUCAAAAAACGAAUAAAGCAACACCUCACGGCACAACGCCUCUCCCCCAUUUGAACUACUUUUUCUGUGUAUGUACUGACAUGUAUGUGUAACUGAUAGAUGCACGCACACUACGUUGAUGUUUUAAAUGUGUGUAAAUUGUAGUCUUUUGUCUGUCUUUUUCGUUAUGUGUCGGACCCGAUGAUGUGUAUAAACCCUGGAUGACUGUCGGGGGGCGCUGUAUUGAAGCCACCGCACAGCCAUCUUGGCACUCCUCCAUUAUAAAAAAUAUUUUGGAAGCUAUAGAAAUGCGUUUAUUAAUGUCUACAUUCGUUUUUGACAUGUUUAUUCUAUUACAGACCCCUUAAUGCAUACCUUUUUAAAAUUAUAUUAUGUGAGCUAAACAUAAAUUACAAAUAUAUAAAAUGUUCCUUAAAGUAUUAGAGAGUACUAAUGUUUCUGUCCCCAGUACAACAAAAAAAUACUUAAAUAUACAGUGAGGGAAAAAAGUAUUUGAUCCCCUGCUGAUUUUGUACGUUUGCCCACUGACAAAGACAUGAUCAGUCUAUCAUUUGAAUGGUAGGUUUAUUUGAACAGUGAGAGACAGAAUAACAACAAAAAAAUCCAGAAAAACGCAUGUCAAAAAUGUUAUAAAUUGAUUUGCAUUUUAAUGAGGGAAAUAAGUAUUUGACCCCUCUGCAAAACAUGACUUAGUACUUGGUGGCAAAACCCUUGUUGACAAUCACAGAGGUCAGACGUUUCUUGUAGUUGGCCACCAGGUUUGCACACAUCUCAGGAGGGAUUUUGUCCCACUCCUCUUUGCAGAUCUUCUCCAAGUCAUUAAGGUUUCGAGGCUGACGUUUGGCAACUCGAACCUUCAGCUCCCUCCACAGAUUUUCUAAGGGAUUAAGGUCUGGAGACUGGCUAGGCCACUCCAGGACCUUUAAUGGGCUUCUUCUUGAGCCACUCCUUUGUUGCCUUGGCCCGUGAGUUUUGGGUCAUUGUCAUGCUGGAAUACCCAUCCACGACCCAUUUUCAAUGUCCUGGCUGAGGGAAGGAGGUUCUCACUCAAGAUUUGACGGUACAUGGCCCCGUCCAUCGUCCCUUUGAUGCGGUGAAGUUGUCCUGUCCCCUUAGCAGAAAAACACCCCCAAAGCAUAAUGUUUCCACCUCCAUGUUUGACGGUGGGGAUGGUGUUCUUGGGGUCAUAGGCAGUAUUCCUCCUCCUCCAAACACGGCGAGUUGAGUUGAUGCCAAAGAGCUCGAUUUUGGUCUCAUCUGACCACAACACUUUCACUCAGUUCUCCUCUGAAUCAUUCAGAUGUUCAUUGGCAAACUUCAGACGGGCAUGUAUAUGUGCUUUCUUGAGCAGGGGGACCUUGCGGGCACUGCAGAAUUUCAGUCCUUCACGGCGUAGUGUGUUACCAAUUGUUUUCUUGGUGACUAUGGUCCCAGCUGCCUUGAGAUCAUUGACUAGAUCCUCCCGUGUAGUUCUGGGCUGAUUCCUCACUGUUCUCAUAAUCAUUGCAACUCCACGAGGUGAUCUCUUGCAUGGAGCCCCAGGCCGAGGGAGAUUGACAGUUAUUUUGUGUUUCUUCCAUUUGCGAAUAAUCGCACCAACUGUUGUCACCUUUUCACCAAGCUGCUUGACGAUGGUCUUGUAGCCCAUUCCAGCCUUGUGUAGGUCUACAAUCUUGUCCCUGACAUCCUUGGAGAGCUCUUUGGUCUUGGCCAUGGUGGAGAGUUUGGAAUCUGAUUGAUUGAUUGAUUGAUUGCUUCUGUGGACAGGUGUCUUUUAUACAGGUAACAAACUGAGAUUAGGAGAACUCCCUUUAAGAGUGUGCUCCUAAUCUCAGCUCAUUACCUGUAUAAAAGACACCUGGAAGCCAGAAAUCUUUCUGAUUGAGAGGGGGUCAAAUACUUAUUUCCCUCAUUAAAAUGCAAAUCAAUUUAUAACAUUUUUGAGAUGUGUUUUUCUGGAUUUUUUUGUUGUUAUUCUGUCUCUCACUGUUCAAAUAAACCUACCAUUAAAAUUAUAGACUGAUCAUUUCUUUGUCAGUGGGCAAAUGUACAAAAUCAGCAGGGGAUCAAAUACUUUUUUCCCUCACUGUACAUUUUGUCCUUGACACAUUUUAAUUGAAAUACUGUGGAAUUACAUUCAUUCCUAUGGAGGACUGCUCCUACUAGGGAGUGCCAAUAUGGCCGACUGGGGGUUCAAAGCCUCUCAAUGGCCAGUACAUAGCAUCAGCAAUCCAGGGUUUAUAUACAUCAUUGGUUGGACCCCAGCAAGACUAGCUGUCGCCAUUGGUGUCAGCUAAUGGGCAUCCUAAUAAAAUAUACAUCUAAACCGGUCUAUGCUACGGGCGGAAACAUGUCAUACUCUUUUUGGCCAGACAGCAUCAGAUACAUGGGCUACACCUACUGAGACAGAGGAGCGCUGUUUCCCUCGCUCUGAUGAUUUCUCCGGUAAGAUCGAUUCAGCCACUUGCGAAUUGAAGGAAAAUUAUGAAACAGUGAGAGAGGAAAGAGACAAUUUGUAUUUUUAAUAAAAUUAUUUGUCAAAUUUGGGGGAAUCCUGUCCUCCUUUGGCAUCCAUGACUACACACCUGAGGAUUGGUUUUGGAGACCCCUGUGUCUGAGGAUUGGUUUUGGAGAACCCUGUUCUAAUCUGUAUGUUCUGACUGUCCAGGUGGCAGAGGACAGAUCAAACAGAAAAAGAAGACUGUGCCUCAGAAAAUAACGAUAGCUAAAAUCCCCCGCGCCAAGAAGAAAUACGUCACACGUGUCUGUGGAAUGAACACCUUUGGUAAGACUGCUGACUGUCACACACACCGUUACUGUAACCUCCUCAUUAAAGACAUGGACAGACCAGUAACCUUGUUUUUCUUGCUUGUGACUGUGGACGUCCUCUCUGCAGACAUUGACCUUAAAGAGGCUCAGAGAUUCUUUGCCCAGAAGUUUUCCUGCGGCGCCUCGGUGACGGCGGAGGAUGAAAUCAUAAUUCAGGGAGAUUUUACAGAUGACAUCAUCGAUGUCAUUCAGGAGAAGUGGCCUGAGGUAAGAAAGCUGCGUUUACUCUCCCACGUCACAUAGAUGAUGGAAAAUAGUUAGUUACAGGAAAUAGACGCAGUAGCCUGUGUGUACCUCAAUGAGGGUUUUCACUAGUUACCACAGUCAUAAACCCUGCCCAUUUCUACAAUUUAUUUUCAUAAAAUGUGAUUUUAAACUUAACCACACUGCUAAUCUUAUGCCUAACCUUAAAACUAAAAAGCUAAUUGUUUUCAUUUUGUGGGUGUGAUAACUAGUGGAAACCCUCAAUGAGACAUCACAGCCCUACACACUAACCAUCUGUCUUUCUCUCCAUUGUAGGUGGAUGACGACAGCAUUGAUGAUCUUGGAGAAGUCAAAAAGUGAAGACCCGACGUGCACUUUUACUGAGAAUGGAUGUGACCUGUAACAACAACAACAACAACAACAACAACCUGGCCAAAUGUACACAUUAACAUUAAAAAAGGAGUCGUUUUAUAUCUAUUUUAUUUACUGUAUAGAAACUGUGGACUCGGCCACCCCCCCUUGGCAUUUUUCAGUUCUUGAUAGCUGCUCUCUCUUGUUUGCCAAAGGUCUGGUCUGAUGAUCUGAAUCCUUGUAAAACGCUUUUCACUUGGCAAGCUUGUAGGGUAAUAAAUGUCGGUCUCAAUCACUUGUUCACGCUUUAGUCCAUCU